AUGCAUCAGGACGGCCGCAAAUUUUCAUCUAUCAGGAUCGACCUACUAGACUUCUAUCUCCGAAAGAAGACAAUAAUGAAUAAAAAAUGGUUAAAAUACGACUUCAAACGAACAGUGUCACACAUAACCAACGACAACACGCCCUCGCUUCACACGAAAGUGAGUGGUGAAAGAGGCGGAGUCGACAUUUACGUUCAUGUGUUGCAGAUUUCUCUCUGGCAGUAG